AUGGCAGCUACUACAGUAGUCGUCCAAGCGGGCCUCAAAAACCGCGAAGCAACAGACCACCACCCCGACGCCCCGCACGUCACAACAACCUACAGCCCCGAAGCCGAGCGCGCCGUCCGGGACGCCAUCACCGCCGCCGGCGCCAAAAACGUCGAACUCCUGCACGAAAUCAGCACGACGGGAGACGCGGUGCAUGAACUCAAAGCCAACGACGCCCGCCUCAGCUCGCUGGCCGACGAGCUGAAGAAGCAGAGCAAAGCGGCGCGCGAAGCGGCGACGCUGACGCAGGACCAGCUGGCGAAGUACACGAGCGACAAGGAGUCGUUUGGCAAGCGGUGGGCGUAUAUUCUGGUGAAGCAGCGCAAGGUGCUGGAGGAGAAGAUCCGGCAGGGCGAGCAGGUUUAUUUGCAGGCUUUGGGGGCGCAGCAGCGCGCGGAGGCGAGGGAGACGCAGCUGCUAAGGGACAAGAAUGCGAUUGAGGCGGAGAAUGUGGAGGUGAAGGAGAAGGUGAAGCGGCAUGGGGUGGCGCACGCGGCGCUCGAUGCGUUGUACGAGGAGCUGUUUGAUGGGCCGACGCCUGGGUUCCCGGACGAGGAUGAGCGCGAGGCGGCGUUCAAGUCGACGAAGAAGGAGCACGAUGGGUAUGUGGCGACGUUUCGCGCGACGGUGCGCGCGACGAAGGAGAACAAUUUGGUGAAGAGUACGAUUGGGCGGGCGCGGGCGGAGAACAACCGUGCGCGGUCUGCGCUGCAGAACUCCUUCAUCAGCGGUGUUGAUACGGCGCUUGUGUUCCUUGAGCGCACGGCACGAUUGAUUGAGCAGACGCUGAACGUCAAUCUUAAAAUCGACGAGGGCCUCCCGCGGCCGCUGGAUACCGCGUUCAACGACAACCAUGUCGCCGUCGCUCAGCAUCUGAUCAAAGCGCGGACGGCGUUGCAGGAGCCGCUCGAAGUGUCGUAUGCGUACAUCACCAACACGCAAUGCAACAGAGUGAUUCAAGACGUCGAAGACGAGUUGAAACUAGCGUCAGAAGCGCAGGCGGUGCUGACGAAGCUGCUCAAGCACUACGAAGACGACGCCAUCGAGAUCGUGAAGAGCACCGCUCGCUCGCUGGAGGAUGCGCGGCAAGGUCUGGCCGAGAUUCGGCAGAUGGCGUUCGAGGUGAUUGUCGGGCAUGGAUCUGCCGCUCCCAACUAUCACGAGUGCUGCGAUCGAGCGGCUUCUUUCGUGCAAGUGGCGGGCGACGAGACGGCGCGGAUGCCGGAUCCGGUCAUUGACGAUUCGGGCUUACCGCCGCCGCCGAGUUAUGAAGCUUCGAUUUUCAAGAGAAGAGGGGCGGUCAAAGGUGCCAACCGGAGACAGGCGCGUUCCGGGCCGCCUGUUCCGACUGCUUGA